GUUUGGGUGGAUCAGGUUUGGGUUGGACAUUUAAAUUGUCCCAAUCGGUCUGGGGCGCGGUUGCGUGCAAUGGCUGCGCGCCUUGGAUUCAACUUCAAUCUUGAUUUAGUUCGAGGUCUAAGAGUGCUAAGUACGAAAAGUGUCAUGUUCAAAUGCGACACAAAGCAUAAUGCUUUAUGGGGAGAUGCAUAUAAUGAACUUAGUAUUGGGCGUGAAGCUUAUGACGCCAUCGAACAUCUCUCGGACACGUUGGUAAACGAUACUUCUCGCUCUGUAGCUGCAAGUUUAACUAAGAAACACCAAAGAGCGCGAGAAAAUAUUAAGGCCGGGAUACUCUAUCGUAAAAAUUUCAGGGGUCCACCUGAAUUGUCAAUUCUUACUUCUCGCGCCAGAGAACAGAUUGCACAUUUAUCGGCGACCUCUCCUUCUGAGUGGGAUGCGGUAUCCGUCUCUGAGAACUUCCCUAUUUCCUAUCGUGGUGCAGGUUUACUCUUACUGAAACAGAGGAGGAAUCCGCGUCGGUUUUUCCGUUCUCUCGAUGCUGUCGUAGAAUAUGACACUCGAUCGAUUAAAAACUGGCUUACUCUUAUCGAAGUUAUUUGCACGGCUCAAGUUGGGAACCAUGUAAAGGCGAGCGAGUCUCAGAUAAUGCAAGUUUUGAGUUCUCGUCUGCCCGAUGGGCUGCGUUGGAUUGGGGUUGAGAACGUCUUGAACAAACUAGCCUUUGCAGAUGGAAAUCCAGCCCUUCCCCAUCCUCCUCAAACCUCUGUUGAAGCUGUCAAUUUCGUCAAGUCGCAGCAUCAAGCAGGCUACUUCCAACGAAUUGCUGAAAGUUUUUACAAACCCAUUGAAACAUCCAGUGAAUCAGUUAGUUUACGAGAGCAGCAAGUGUCUGUCAUUAAUAAGCUCAUUCCUCUUUUCAAACACAUGGACUUUUCCGUGUUUACUCAACCUCUGAUGGAGGACACUUCACUGACUUUCAGAACAGUUUGUCGUAAUUGGUUGUGCAUUGAUCCUGAACCGUUGCAACUGGAUAGGUCUAGGUCGCCAAGAACUAGGUCGAAAGUCGACUGUGAUUUUACGAAAGUCUUUCGAUACAAGCGAAUUUGUACAUAA